AUGGCAUCUGCACUCACCGAACCUAUCGAAACUCGACUCUUCAUCAACGGCGAGUUCCGAGAUUCAUCUAAUAAACAAACUUUUGACGUGGUGUACCCUUACACCAAAGAAGUCGUCGCACAAGUCCAAGAAGCUACUGCACAGGAUGUGGACGAUGCCGUUGCAGCAGCCGGCGCAGCUUUCCCAGCCUGGCGCGAUCUCAGCAUCGAAAAGCGGGGUUCAUACAUGCAAACCCUCUCCCAGCUGAUUUUGGAGUCAAAUGCCGAACUUGCAAAGCUUGAGACAUUGUCGAUCGGACGUCCGAUCUCAGCAUUCUUUGAUGGCGGCCUGGCAGCUGAGUACUUCAGCUACUUCUCUACAGCUGCCUGGAGCGCACAGGGUACAGCGAGUUUGAAUACCCCGGACCAACUGAGCAUGACAGUCAGACAGCCAUAUGGCGUGGUGGGACUGAUCAUCCCCUGGAAUUUCCCACUGGCCAUGUUCGCAGGAAAGAUCGCUCCUGCGAUCGCGGCCGGUAACACCGUUGUCCUGAAAAGCAGUGAGAAGGCGCCAUUGACGUCUCUCUAUGUAGCCAAGCUCAUUAAGAAAGCCGGCUUCCCACCCGGUGUCAUCAACAUCAUCUCCGGCCACGGAGAGCCAGCGGGCACAGCCCUCGCAUCGCACAUGAAGGUGCGCUGUAUCAGCUUCACCGGAUCAUCAAUCACAGGCCAGAAGAUCCAAGCCGCAGCCGCAAAGUCGAAUCUGAAGCACGUUCUCAUGGAACUUGGAGGCAAGUCGCCCGCUAUCGUCUUCGGGGAUGCGGAUUUGGACUCGGCCGCGGCUCAAACACAGUUCAGUAUUCAGUUCAACAGCGGUCAGAUUUGUACCGCCAACUCUCGGAUCUAUGUGCAUGAGUCUGUCGCACAGGAGUUUACUAAGUUGUUCCGUGAGAAGUUCGGGGCUGUUACAAUUGGCGAUCCAUUGGAUCCUACUACUUCGCACGGUCCACAGAUUGAUGUUAAGCAGUACGAGCGGAUUAAGGAGUAUCUGGCCAUCGGAGAGAAGGAUGGCAAGCUUACGCUGGGUGGUGAUGCAAACGAUGGCUACUUUGUCAAGCCUACUAUCUUCGAAGGCGUCCCUACAGAUUCGCGAUUGAUGCGAGAGGAGGUUUUCGGACCUGUCGUGACUAUCACACCAUUCUCUACUGAGGCGGAAGUUAUUGAGAAGGCAAACGAUACAGAGUUUGGUCUGUAUGCCUCUGUCUUCACGAAGGAUCUUGACCGGGCGGUCCGCUUGGCAAAGGCCCUUGACGCAGGUACGGUUGGUGUGAACUGUACUAGUCCCACAGGUGCGAAGGACGGCGCUUUCGGUGGCUACAAGAUGAGUGGAACUGGUCGUGAAGGCCUUCUAUACAGUCUUGAUAGCUUCCUGGAGACGAAAAGCAUUGUCAUCAAGACAUCGCGGCUGUGA